CUGUCCUACUACACGCAAAAGAUGAUGGCAACCAACGAUCUCGGUUAUUUCAUUGAUCUCUACAAGAGAUCUACAGCUGAGAUUCGCUCGAAAGUGUUGGUCGCGAUAGGACGGACAACAAAAUUGGAUGUUUACAGGCGAGUGGUUGAUUUAAUGGUAUCUAAAACGACAAAAGCACAGGACAAGAUUCACUUGUCCAGUUCAUUGAUGAGUAACCUUGAUUUCAAGGAGUACUACAUUCACUACUUCUUGGAGAACUUUGAGAAGAUAAGGACGGCACUGAACGACAGUCUCAUGACGUUUAUUGUUGAUCAGGUGGUGAGUUGGACACGUGAUAUCAAUUCCAUGAUAUGUUUUAUUGACACACAUAAUAUGACAGAUUUUUCACAAACAUAUGCAAGGGCACUUGAGAAGGCGCAAUAUCGACUGGACUUCAAAAACAAUGAAUAAAAUAUUAUCCACUUCUUGUACCCUACAAUGGCUCAGUUACUCCUUGUCCCA